ACUUUAUGGGUUUUAUGAUGCAAUACAAUUUUGAACCGAACCCGACCCGUACUAAUAAAAUUUUAGUAUGGGACCUAGAAGCGUAAACCCGAAAAUCCGAAAACCCGAAAAUUCCGACCCGAAUACCAUCGGGUACCCGAACGGCCAGGCCUACUUUAGAUUGUCUUCGAUUUGGUAGUUUAAGCGGGGAAUAUCAUUUGAGAUUUCCAUUUCCACAUCAAUUGCGACGCAAAACGCUGCGUUUUCAAAUAAACGCAUGGCGGCAGCAAACAACAAAGACAAAAACGCAUCAUUUUGAAGCUUGUGGUGGUUAUUUUUAACGUGCAUACGGCUUUGUUCUCAUGCGAUGCAACGAUACGCGAAACAUUGUGUCUCGUUUUUGGUCAAAUGACACAAGUGUUAAUAGAUGUCUGAACAUCUUUAUAAAUAGUCCAACAAACAAACGAACACACUUACACAAGACAAAUUACAACAUACCGAAUCAGAAGACAAAAAAUGGCGAAUGAAUAUGGAAUCGGAAUGGGUUCGAUUAUGGCUGUUGUGGUCGUUGCGAUAAUAUUGUUGUUCGUUCCGCUAAUGAUGGGACCAGUGGCUCCACCAUCUCCUCCACUUAUCUUGGUGUUUCCUCUUGUCUUGCUCUUUGUGUUUCUCUAUCUCCAUUUUACGUGCAAGUGAGAAUCUCUUUGUGGUGAUUACCAUAUGUAAGAUGUAACGUAGUAUGUAUUUAUCAGAUAAAUAUUAAUAUAUGUUUAUGUCUCUACAUUUAUUAAAAAAAAAAAAAUCGAUUUGCAGUUUGUUAA